AUGGCUCUCGGGCAUGCCUGCUGGACCUGGGACUUGCUGCUACUGCUCCUUGGUUUGUCAAUCCGUGCUGGUUCAGCAGCUCAGAUCAUAGAAGAGCGAGGCUCCAAAGGACAUCUGGACCUCAUGGAGUUGAUUGGAGUCCCUCUCCCUCCUUCUGUCUACUUCGUCAGUGGCUACGGAGGGUUUCCCGCUUACAGCUUUGGUCCGGAUGCCAACAUUGGUCGCCUGACAAGUGCAGUAAUGCCAGUGCCCUUCUACAGAGACUUUGCUGUCGUGGUGACGGUGAAACCAAGCAGUGAUCGUGGAGGAGUGCUCUUUGCUAUAACAGAUGCCUUCCAGAAAACCAUUUACCUGGGAAUGAGACUGUCCCAGGUCGAUGACAGCACCCAGAGAAUAAUUGUGUACUACACAGAGCCUGGUUCCCAUCUCUCCCGAGAGGCUGCUGCCUUCAAGGUGCCAGUGAUGACUAACAGGUGGAAUAGGUUUACAGUGACUGUUCAGGGCAAUUACAUUGCUUUGUUCAUGGACUGUGAAGAGUAUCAGAGAGUCCACUUCCACAGGUCAGCUCGAGCACUGGUGUUCGAAUCUGGCUCAGGGAUAUUUGUUGGUAAUGCAGGAGCCACAGGACUGGAGAAGUUCACAGGCUCAAUUCAGCAUUUGGCAAUCAAGUCCGACCCAAAGGCUACUGAAGAUCAUUGUGAAGAUGAUGACCCUUCUGCUUCUGGGGACAUCAGUGGCAAUGGCAGCCAUGAAGGUGUUUAUGAGACACAGGAAGUCCUUGGACCUUCUCAUGUUCCCAUAAAGCUUGGAGAUACGUUGGCUGAGCCAGUGGGAGCCCCUCCAACUGUAUUGUCUUAUUUGGAAGAAAGCAAUUUCUCCAGAAAUCACAGCUCAGAGGAAUCUUCUGGAGCAGGUAAACUUAAGGGACAAGAUCCAGUUGUCACAGAAACUGGACAAGGCAGCAGCGAGGCUGCCACUGUCACACAGCAAGUCUUACUAGAAGAAGGCUCUGGUGCCAGUGUUGCGCCAGGAGGCGGCAGAGACCAGAGUAAAUUGGAAUCUGAAGAAUCAGGUUCUGGAGACGUUGAUGGAGAGACCGAGAUUUUAAGAGGUCUUCCUGGGCCACCGGGACCUCCAGGACUGCCUGGUCUUCCAGGAAAGCCAGCACCCAGUUCAGGUGUAGGACCUCCUGGGUCACCAGGGAAAGAUGGAGCUUCUGGGGAGCCAGGUCCUGAAGGUCCUCAAGGUCCUCCUGGCCUUGAUGGAGUGAUUGGCCCACCAGGACGGAAGGGAGAGAAGGGUGAUCAAGGCCUUCCUGGUUCUCUGGGUCUGAAGGGUGAUGCUGGAGUCACUGGAUCAGUAGGACCCAAAGGAGAAGCUGGUGCUGCUGGAUCUCCUGGGAAACCUGGACCACAAGGACCCCCUGGGCCCCCGGGGCCCCCUGGACCCCCAGGACCAAGCUACAGUUCAGGAUUUGAGGGCCCAAAGGGGGAGAAGGGUGACCCAGGACCUCAGGGUGAACCGGGGCAAGAUGGGAACAGUAUUGUGGGACUGCCUGGACCUCCAGGACCCCCAGGACCAAUCAUAGCAGUACCUGAGCUGCUACUCAACCACACAGAUGGAAUUUUCAACUUCUCUACCAUCAAAGGACUGUUUGGGCCUGUGGGGCCAGAGGGCAAGCCAGGUCUGCCAGGGCUUCCUGGCCUGCAGGGACCGAAGGGUGACACUGGGCUGCCUGGACCACAAGGACCCAAAGGACAACAGGGUGAAAAAGGAGAGCCAGGAGAUAUCCUGGCUGCUGGCGGAUCCUUACCUGAAUUGCUGGGAAGAAAAGGGGAGAAGGGUGAAGCUGGUGUGGUAGGACCGGCGGGACCCGCGGGACCAACAGGACCUGCUGGACCUAAAGGAGAACUUGGUUUCCCAGGACGUCCAGGCCGCCCAGGGCUGAACGGCCUGAGAGGUGUGAAAGGUGACCGAGGCGAAGCGGUUCGUGGUCUUCCUGGCUUACCUGGGCCCCCAGGGCGCCCUGGACCUCCAGGACGUAUAGUUUAUGUCAAAGGAACAGUUCUGCCAAUCCCUCUCAGACCUCACUGCAAAAUGCCAGUGGGCACUGCUUACCCUGGGAAUCAAGGGGCUCCUGAUGUCCAUGGUGCUGAAGCAAACAGAGACUCCUGGGGGCUGCAUGGGUCAGCAGGCUCAAAAGGAGAAAAGGGAGACAGAGGUGCUCCAGGACCACCAGGCCCACUUCUGCCUCCAUCAUAUUUCAGCCACUUUGUUAACAGCAUAAAGGGUGAAAAAGGAGACAAUGGAGUCACUGGUGUAAAAGGAGAGAAAGGAGAACCCAAUGGAGGCUUUUUUCUGACAGGACCUCCUGGACCUCCUGGAAGACCAGGGUUGAUUGGACCCAAAGGGGAUUCAGUUAUUGGACCCAGAGGACCUCCAGGGUUACCUGGCCUACCUGGCUUACCAGGUUAUGGAAAAAUUGGACCUCCUGGCCCACCUGGCCCACCAGGCCCACCAGGACCACCUGCAAUCUAUGGCUCAGCAGCUGCGAUGCCUGGGCCACCAGGUCCCCCUGGAGAGCCAGGAGCUCCUGCAGCCAGGAAUCUGGUCACGACCUUCCGGAACAUCCAGGGCAUGUUGGACCAAGUCCAUCUGGUGGCAGAAGGUUCAUUGAUCUACCUAAGUGAGACCAGUGAGGUGUUCAUCCGUGUGAAGAAUGGCUGGAGGAAGCUGCAGCUUGGUGAGCUAAUUCCUAUCCCUGCUGACAGCCUCCCUCCUCCAGCUCUAUCAAGCCAUGGAUUUCAGCCUCUUCCAGCACUGAGUCCACUGCCAAACGUGAACAGUGGAAAGCCAGCACUGCAUCUGGUGGCCUUAAACUUGCCCUCUUCUGGGGACGUGCGAGCAGAUUUCCAGUGUUUCCGACAGGCCCAGCUAGCAGGGUUGACAUCUACCUACAGAGCCUUCCUCUCAUCACAUCUGCAAGACUUGGCCACAGUUGUCAAGAAAACAGACAGACAUCACCUGCCAAUAGUCAAUCUUAAGGGAGAAAUACUUUUCAGUAACUGGGAAUCUCUAUUUGAUGGAAAUGGUGGACAGUUCAACACUGAUGUUCCCAUAUACUCCUUUGAUGGGAGGAAUGUCCUAACCGAUCCCUCCUGGCCUCAAAAAGUAGUAUGGCAUGGCUCAACUGCACGUGGGGUUCGACUGGUUAGCAGCUACUGUGAAGCCUGGCACACAGCUGACACAGGAGCCAUGGGACAAGCAUCACCACUGAAGACAGGAAAACUUCUUGAGCAGAAAGUGUACAGCUGUAGCAAUCAAUUCAUUGUUCUCUGCAUUGAGAACAGCUUUGUACCCGAUCCCCAAGGCAAAUAACUCACGUGGCACAUAGGCGUGUUCUGUUUUACCACAGAAAAAGCUGACACUGAAAUCUCAUUUCUAAUCCUGUAAAUAUUUUAUUGUUUGCAAUUGCUCAUUCCAGAAAAAAACAGGCAAAGAACAGGUCCCUGCCACAAACCUCACUCCAGCCAGGUGGCACAGCACAUGUGGCUGACUGCAAGCCCUCCC